UUUCCGGCUACACGGGCUCCAGUAUGGCGGCGUCGGGAGAGGAAACGUAUUUAGUCGUGAACAACAUUCCCGGUCGGUUCCGAUCCGCGGAUCUGAGGAAUUAUUUCAGCCAGUUUAUAGAGAGCGGAGGUUUCGCGUGCUUUCACUACCGGCACCGGCCGGAGCUGCGUGUCCCGAGCGGAGCGGGAGAAGACGGAGAACGUGAAGCCCCGCCCGCGGCUCCUUCUGACGGUAAACAGUGGAGCUCCUGCUGCUGUGUGGUGUCGGUUCGAGCGCAGGAAUCAGACAGAUUCAUCAGGAUGUACUCCGGGAAUCAGUGGAUCGACUCUUCGGGAAACUGGCUAAGGAAUACCUGCUUAAUCCGGAGAGUCAGAGUGUCCGAGCAGAGCGAUUGUGAUUUAUUCCCGUAUAAGACGAAGGCGGAGCUGCGUAGGCAUUUGGCCCAAUCAGAGCAGUUCACUGAGAGUGACCUGCGGGGCCUGCCAGAGCUGAACCCGCCCGCGCUCAUGCCAUCAGGGAACGUGGGAACGCCGGUUUCUGUGUUCCUGCAGCUAAUCCAGUCCUGCCGCCUGCCCCCGCGCCUCAUCCGAAAACUGGGGCUCACCUUCCCUAAAACUGGCUCCAACCGCAGAUACGGCAACGUGCCCUACCAAUACCACAACACUAGAGUCGUGACGCCUGCGGAGGAGACCGUGUUCACCGCAGGAGGAGUCGAGAUCAAAGGACAUGCCCACAGGGACACGCCCACAACAUCACAAAGAACACAGGGCACAACCUCACACAGAAUGCGGGAAACGCCCACAGCAUCACAAGCAAAACAAGACACACCCACAACAUCACUAACAAUACAGGACACGCCCACAACAACACAAACCGUGCAGGACACGCCCACAACCUCACAAAAACAGGACAUGCCCAGUACCUCAUGCUUAAUACAGGACACGCCCCCAGCAUCACAAAGAAAACAAGACACGCCCACAACCUCACAAACCAUACAGCACACGCCCACAACCUCACAAAUGAAACAAUUAAACAUACCCACAACCUCCCGCAUAAUACAGGACACGCCCACAUACACAGAAAGGAUGCAGGACACGCCCUCUCCACCUGUCAAUCAACAGUGUCAGGAGGAAGAGAGUGAAGAGGAGCUGUCAGGCCCUGAUGAUGAUGAUGACCGCUGUGAGGAGUGGGAGCGCCAUGAAGCUCUUCACGAAGACAUCACGGCUCAGGAGAGAAGCAAAGAGCGUCUGUAUGAGGAGGAGAUCGAGCUAAAGUGGGAGAAAGGAGGAUCAGGACUCGUCUUUUACACCGACGCUCAGUUCUGGCAAGAGGAGGAGGAAGGAGAUUUCGAUGAGCAGACAGCAGAUGACUGGGACGUGGAUAUGAGUGUUUAUUAUGACAAAGACGGUGGUGAUAUGGACUCCAGAGCUUAUGUGCGCAUGCGUUCUGAACAGAGGCUGCGGGACGGCCUGUCGAACACACACAUUGGCAGCUUCGAGAGGUUCACUAAGGGUGUUGGCAGGAGACUGAUGGAGAAACAGGGCUGGAGGGAUGGAGAAGGUUUGGGGAACAGUCAGAUGGGAAUGGCGGAGGCGCUGGAGAAUGAAGGACAGCAUCCACACUGUAAGAGAGGCUUUGGGUAUCAUGGAGAGAAGCUCAACUCGUUUCUUCCAGCUAAAAAACCCAGAAAAGACUUUCAUAUUUCAACAGUUUAUGAUGAACCUCGAGAUAUUGAUCAAGGUGAUGAACUGCUGCGGCGGCAACCCAACACCAGCAUGAAGUACAGACAGCGGGGGAUGAAUAAUAACCCAAACAGAUGACCAGUGUUAUUAACUAUUCAUCACCACUUCAUCGUUUAAUGGUGCUAUUCCAAAAAAAAGAUAAUGCUAAAUGUUUUUAUGCAGAGCUGUAAAUAAUACUCCAAUGAUUUUAUUUUAUUGGUAUUAAAAGUGGUCAGUGCUACAAGAUACACUUCUG